UAAACAGAUAAUCUUUCAGUGCAGCUGUUGUUAAUUAACAAUUUUCAGGACUUUAACCUUUAAAGUUUUAACAUCGGAAAAUUUAAAAUUGUGAAAAAUCGUGGAUGAUUCAUCAAAAAUUUCAAUAUUUAAAUGCACAAAGAGAAAGAAUUUCUUCUACAUAAAAAUUUAUCAAAGUUUGCUGCGUCAUAAUAUAACUUCGUCGUCAAGUGCAACGAUUUCUCCGAAAAAAAAAUGCGCAAUUAAUGCAUUUGCAAAUUUUUACUCCCACAACACGAAGAGAAUGUCACAAAAUUCGUUGAUUUUUCUUCUUUUUUCGUCAUUUUUGAGCGUUUUGUGUGACGAAAGACCUUUGCUGCUUGUCAUCUCGUUCGAUGGCUUCAGUCCAAAGUAUCUGGAACGAGGUUUGACGCCACAUUUAAAGAAACUCCAAGAAGCUGGAACUCGAGCGCCGUUCUUGCGAAAUGUAUUCCCCACAAAAACGUUCCCGAAUCAUCAUUCCAUCGCGACGGGAUUGUAUCCGGCGGAACAUGGAGUGCUUGCUGCUGAAGUCUACGACCUCGAACUCGGUAAAUUAACGUACGGACCGGAUUUGUAUGGAUAUAAUCGCUUUGUGGCACCGAUUUGGGCAUGGAAUGAAAUGUCAAAUGGGAAAAGUGGCUGUAUGAUGUGGCCUGGAUCAGAUUUCAGCUACGGAUUGAAAGAUGUUAAUUGUAGUUAUACGGAAAAAAUGAAUGUAACGCACCCGGGACCAUGGGAAGAGAGACUUGAAAAAUCUGUGGAGUGGUUUAACUCUGGAGCGAAUCUUGUGAUGCUUUACAUCGAAGAACCCGAUCACAAUGGACACAUUUACGGCGUGGAUGAUGCUCAAAAUGAAAUUUUACGAAAAUUGGACAAUUUUACGUCACUUUUGGAAGAAAAACUGAAAUCUGCGAAAUUAUGGGAGAAGAUGAACGUCAUAAUUUUAUCAGAUCACGGCAUGAUCGAUACAAAACCUGCAAAUUUCAUCAAUAUUACCAAAUAUCUUCCGUCGCACAAGGAGGAAAUUUACGGAAAUUCACCCGUAUUGCAAAUUAGUCCCACAACAGCGAGUAUUGAUGACAUCUAUAAUCGUCUUAUGAACGCUUCAAAGCUGGAAAAUGACACUUUUAAGGUUUAUCGCAACUCUGACUUACCGGAACGUUGGAAUUAUCGCAACGAGCGACGAUCUGGUCCUAUUACGGUAGUUGCUGAGCCCGGAUUUGCCUUUAAACAUGACAUGACGCCAGCUGUCGAGUACUAUCAGAAGACAUACAACUUAACAGUGACAAACGAGACAACUUUUGGCAUUCACGGUUACGAUAAUUCCUUCCGUGAAAUGAAUUCCUUGUUUUUAGCUUGGGGUCCAGCUAUUAAAAAGUCUCAUGUUGUCGCUCCUUUUGACACAGUCGACUUGUUUCAUCUCUUUUGCGAAAUCCUAAAGAUAAAACCGCCCGAAAUCAGUGGAAAUCGCGACAACAUUCUCGAUGUUUUGAACAACGGCAACCAAAAUGCAGCGAUUUCAGGCUUCUUAAUUGCUAUUGCUGGCAUUUGUGUGUCAUUUUGCUUGGUAGCAGCCGCUUUUGCAGUAUUAGUUGUCGUUCGAAGGAGACGCGAGGCACAAAUGGUACCGGAAUUCAUCUAUGACGAACCCGAGCACAUGGAAGAGCAAAAACUGCUGGAAAUUGGCAUUGGAUCGGAAAAAUUCGAUAGUGAGGCAUGACAUCAAGCUGAUGGUACUCGAGCAGGUACCAGCAACACGACGAAUCAAGUGAGUGAGACAAAAGUUAGUUUUAUUAACUCUUGAAUGACGAAAGUACACGUCAGGAUUUAAGUCAAUUAAAAAUUCAAAGCAAUCUUGCCCAAUUAAUUCUCUAAUGUAAAAAAAAAUUGACAAAAAAUUAUGGUGAUAUUAAUUUAAAUAAAUAUUAAACCGUACUCAAUUUAUGAUAAACAAAAAAUAUUUAGGAAGCACAAUCAAUAUCAUUUCUAAUCCCCAAGACAAAAAAUUGAUAAUAAAAAUUAAUAAUUGAAGUACAAACCUCAAUAUAAUAAAAAGAAGACAACAACACGUAGGUUAAUAGCAAAAUUUUAUAAAAAUAAUAGUAAAUUAUUACAUUUUAUAUUUAAAACUCAAAUAAUCGAAAAAUAACGACAAAAUCUCUUUUUGCUCAAAUAUGACUAAAAUUACUUCAUUGGUAGCGAUCGAAAUAAUAUCAAAUCAAAAACAAUUUUUUCUGAUGCACCA